AUGAGCAAACGAGCUGCGAUCGAUCUCGUUAAUGGAAGAGGAUUUCUCAGUCGAUGGUCUCAUAGAUCGGGUAUUCUCUCUCCUCCAUUCUCUCUCUUCUCAUCCAAAGCUUUUCAACCUAAGCGGCGGCACACAAUAGAUUUCAGUAGUGUUAAAGAAUUAGAUGAUGCUAUUAAAUUGUUUGGAGAAAUGAAGAGUAUGCGGCCGGAGCCUUCUUUUCGAGUGUACAACAAACUUAUGAGUGUUUGUGUGAAGAUUGAGCAGUAUGCUUUUGCCCUUAACAUGUUCGAUGAAAUGCUUCAGAUGGGUUUCCCUGUUAAUUGUUACACUAUGAAUAUUGCGGUUAACUGUUGCUGUCACCUGAAAGAUAUAUACUCUGGCUUUGCUAUAAUUGCCUUCUUUUUAAAGAAUGGUUUCGAACCAGAUGUUGUGACGAUCAGCCCUCUCAUUAAAGGGUUGUUUUUAGAGGGUAAGGAGGCGGAAGCCGUGAAAUUAUUCCAAAAGGUUCUGGAUUUAAAAGUUUGCGAGCCUAGUGGUGUUAUUAUUCUGCACUUGAUAGAUGGGUUGUGCAAAACUGGAAAGGUCGUUGAAGCUUAUGAUUGGGUUUGUAGAUUAGAAAAUUGUGGGUUGAGACCAAAUGUUUGGGCUUAUAGCGCAUUAAUUGAUGGGCUCUGCAAGGUGGGAAGUGUAGAUGACGCUUUGCAACUUCUGCCGAAGAUGAGCAGCAAGGGUAUUUUGCCUAAUGCUAUAACUUUGGAUGUGAUUACUUAUACUAUAUUGAUUGAUGCAUUAUGUAAAGAAGGAAAGAUGGAAGAAGCUGAGAAUGUGUUGGAAACUAUGACGAAGCAAAAUAUGUGUCCCACUGUGGUCACAUAUAAUUCACUUAUUGAUGGAUUUUGUAUGAAAGGUGAAACUGAUAGAGCAAAACAGCUACUUGAUUCCAUGGUAGGGAUGGGCCUAAAGCCUGAUAUUGUUAGCUAUAGCAGCUUAUUAAAUGGAUAUUGCAAGAAGGGAAGCGUGGAUGAAGCUUGGCUUCUUUUUCUUGAAAUUCCAAGUAAAGGUUUGGACCAUAAUACACAUACUUAUACUACCAUGAUACAUGGAUUAUAUAGUAAGAAUAAAUUUGCUGAGGGUCGGAAACUUUUCGACGAUAUGGAAGCUCGCCAAGUGUGUCCUAGCAUGCAUACUUACAAUAUAUUAUUAGAUGGGUUGUGUAGGAAUGGGGAGAUUGAUGAGGCUAUUUCGUUGUUAAGUAUGAUAGAGGAUAAGGGAUAUACUCCUAACACAGUCACGUACAGUGUUGUCAUAAAUGGAUAUUGCAAGAUGGGAAAAGUGGAUAAAGCUUGGCUUCUUUUUCUUGAAAUUCCCAAUAAAGGCUUGAUGCGUGAUAACCAUACUUAUAGUACCAUGAUCCACGGAUUAUUUAGUUCAAAUAAAUUUGCCGAGGGCCGGAAACUUUUUGAGGGUAUGGAAGCUCAGCAAGUGCUACCGAACUUGUGUACUUAUAAUAUAUUGUUGGAUGGGCUGUGUAGGAAUGGGGAGAUUGAUGAGGCUCUUUCGGUGUUGAGCAUGAUCAAGGAUAAGGGAUUUACUCCUGACACAGUCACGUACGGUGUUGUCAUAAAUGGGUUAUGCAAAAAUGGAAAACAUGGCAUGGCAAGAGAUCUUUUCAAUCAACUUCCAUCGAAAGGUGUACAACCAGAUAGUAUGCGGCCUGAGCCUUCUAUUCGAGUGUACAACAAACUUAUGAGUGUUUGUGCGAAGAUUGAGCAGUAUUCUUUUGCCCUUAAUGUGUUUGGUGAAAUGCUUCGGAUAGGAUUCCCUGUUAAUUGUUACACUAUGAGUAUUGCGGUUAACUGUAGUAGUCACUUGAAAGAAACAUACUCUGGUUUUGCUAUAAUGGCCUUCUUUUUUAAGAGUGGUGUCGAACCAAAUGCUGUGACAAUCAGCCCUCUCAUUAAAGGAUUGUUUUUAGAGGGCAAGGAUGUGGAAGCUGUGAAAUUAUUCGAGAAAGUUGUGGAUUUAAAAGUUUGCGAGCCUAAUGGUGUUAUGAUUCUGCACUUGAUAGAUGGGUUAUGCAAAACUGGACAGGUCGUUGAAGCUUAUGAUUGGGUUCGUAGAUUAGAAAGUUGUGGGUGGAGACCAAACGUUUGGGCUUAUAGCACAUUAAUUGAUGGGUUAUGCAAUGAUGAAAAGCUGGAUGACGCUUUGAAACUUCUGCCCGAGAUGAUCAGCAAGGGUAUUUUACCUAAUGUUGUCACAUAUAAUACCAUGAUUAAUGCAUAUUGUAAGGAAGGGAAGAUGGAAGAGGCUACAAAUGUAUUGGAAAUUAUGAUGCAACAAAACAUUUCUCCCAAUGUGGUCACAUAUACUACACUUAUUGAUGGAUUAUGUAUGAAAGGUGAAAUAGAUAGAGCAAAACAGUUACUUGAUUCCAUGGUAGAGAUGGGCUUAAAGCCUAACAUCAUUAGUUAUAGCUGCUUAUUAAAUGGAUAUUGCAAGAAGGGAUGCGUGGAUGAAGCUUGGCUUCUUUUUCUUGAAAUUCCAAGUAAAGGUUUGGAUCAUAAUACACAUACUUAUACUACCAUGAUACAUGGAUUAUAUAGUAAGAAUAAAUUUGCUGAGGGUCGGAAACUUUUCGAUGAUAUGGAAGCUCACCAAGUGUGUCCUAGCAUGCAUACUUACAAUAUAUUAUUGGAUGGGCUGUGUAGGAAUGGGAAUGUUGAUGAGGCCCUUUCAUUGGUGCGCUUCAUUGAAGAUAGAGGACAUACCCCUAAUAUUGUUAUCUACAACAGCUUAUUAAAUGGAUAUUGCAAGAUGGGAAAAGUGGAUGAAGCUUGGCUUCUUUUUCUUGAAAUUCCCAAUAAAGGCUUGAUGCGUGAUAACCAUACUUAUAGUACCAUGAUCCACGGAUUAUUUAGUUCAAAUAAAUUUGCCGAGGGCCGGAAACUUUUUGAGGGUAUGGAAGCUCAGCACGUGCAACCGGACUUGUGUACUUAUAAUGUAUUGUUGUAUGGGCUGUGUAGGAAUGGGGAGAUUGAUGAGGCCCUUUCGUUGUUGAGCAUGAUCGAGGAUAAGGGAUUUACUCCUAACUCAGUCACGUACGGUGUUGUCAUAAAUGGGUUAUGCAAAAAUGGAAAACAUGACAUUGCAAGAGAUCUUUUCAAUCAACUUCCAAUAAAUGGUGCACAACCUGAUGUGCACAUAUAUAAUAUGAUCAUUGGUUCAUUUUGUCAAGAAGGGUCUUGGGAGGAGGUAAAACGUUUGCUGGUAGAGAUGGAGAAUCGUGGCUGUGGUCCUGAUCAAGUUACAUACAAUGUCAUCAUCGGGAGUCUGCUAAAGCAAAAUGAGGUUGACAAGGCAAGAUCAUUCAUGGAAGAAAUGCGUGAAAGGGGAUUCUCAGCCGAUUCUGCAACUUCUUCGAUGCCAAGUGGAGAUGAUUAUGUCCUCAAAUCGAUGAAAGACCUUGAGCCCAAGGAAAUUGUUUCCUACCUUAAUUCGAAGAUGCAUUCAGCAAAAUUCAUGGAGAAACUGCCGAAGAAGUUGUCAUUUCCCCUGCCGUAUCAGGCGCUACGAAAAACCCCUGCCGUCGGAGGAGCUAGUCGGUUGCCUAUCGUCGAAUGUAGGGAAGACUUGAGGGAGGCUAGGAGCCACAGGCAUCGGGAUCGGCCGGCCCGAGUUCGUCAUGGCGCGUUUGUUGAUCUUGCCAGCGUUCUUGCAGACUCGGUCGAGAGGAAGUCGCGUACGACCAUGAACAACCGCAACGGAUCCAAUUUUGCCUCUCACCGCCGAUUAAGGAAGAUGAGCAGAAGAGCUUCAAUCGAUCUCAUUCAUGGAAGAGGAUUUCUCAAUCUAUUCAAUCUAUGCUCGCACAAAUCGGGUAUUCUCUCUCCUCUGUUCUCUCACUUCUCUUCCAAAGCUUUUCAACCUAAGGCGAGCAGAAUAGAUUCAAUUCCUGUUAAUGAUUUAGACGAUGCUAUUAAAUUGUUUGUAACAAUGAAGAAUAUGCAGCCGAGGCCUUCAAUUCGAAUGUACAACAAGCUUAUGAGUGCUUGUGUGAAGAUUGGGGAGUAUUCUUUUGCCCUUAAUGUGUUCGAUGAAAUGCUUCAGAUGGGUUUCCCUGUUAAUAUGUACACUAUGAAUAUUGCGGUUAACUGUUGUAGUCACUUGAAAGAAAUAUACUCUGGUUUUGCUAUAAUUGCCUUCUUUGUAAAGAGUGGUUUCGAACCAGAUGUCACGACAAUCGGUACUCUCAUUAAGGGAUUAUUUUUAGAGGGUAAGGGGGCGGAAGCUGUUAAAUUAUUCGAGAAAGUUCUGGAUUUAAAAGUUUGCGAGCCUAAUGGUGUUAUGAUUCUGCACUUGGUAGAUGGGUUAUGCAAAACUGGACAGGUCAUUGCAGCUUACGAUUGGGUUCGUAGAUUAGAAAAUUGUGGGUUGAGACCCGACGUUUGGGUUUAUAGUGCAUUAAUUGAUGGGCUGUGCAAGGUGGGAAAUGUCGAUGAUGCUUUGGAACUUCUGCCGAAGAUGACCAGCAAGGGUAUUUUGCCUAAUGCUGUCACAUAUAAUGCCAUGAUUAAGGGACUGUGUGAAAAGGGUAGGCAUAGUGAGGUUAGAAACUUAUUGAAUGAGAUGACCGAUCUUAAGAUAUGUUUGGAUGUGAUUACUUUCAAUAUAUUGAUUUAUGCAUUAUGUAAAGAAGGAAAGAUGGAAGAAGCUGAGAAUGUGUUGGAAACUAUGACGAAGCAGAAUAUAUGUCCCACUGUGGUCACGUAUAAUUCACUUAUUGAUGGAUUUUGUUUGAAAGGUGAAACUGAUAGAGCAAAACAGCUACUUGAUUCCAUGGUAGGGAUGGGCCUAAAGCCUAAUAUUGUUAGCUAUAGCAGCUUAUUGAAUGGAUAUUGCAAGAAAGGGAGCACGGAUGAAGCUUGGCUUCUUUUUCUUGAAAUUCCCAGUAAAGGUUUGGAUCAUGAUACACAUACUUAUAAUACCAUGUUACAUGGAUUAUAUAGUAAGAAUAGAUUUGCAGAGGGUCGGAAACUUUUCAAGGAUAUGUUAGAUCAGCAAGUGCGUCCUGACUUGCAUACUUACACCAUAUUGUUGGAUGGGCUGUGUAGGAAUGGGGAUGUUGAUGAGGCCCUUUCAUUGGUGCGCUUCAUUGAAGAUAAAGGACAUACCCCUAAUAUUGUUAUCUACAACAGCUUAUUAAAUGGAUACUGCAAGAAGGGAAGUGUGGAUGAAGCCUGGCUUCUUUUUCAUGAAAUUCCCAAUAAAGGCUUGAUGCGUGAUAACCAUACUUAUAGUACCAUGAUCUACGGAUUAUUUACUUCAAAUAAAUUUACAGAGGGCCGGAAACUGUUUGAGGGUAUGGAAGCUCAGCACGUGCAACCGAACUUGCGUACUUAUAAUGUAUUGUUGUAUGGGCUGUGUAGGAAUGGGGAGAUUGAUGAGGCCCUUUCGUUGUUGAGCAUGAUCGAGGAUAAGGGAUUUACUCCUAACUCAGUCACGUACGGUGUUGUCAUAAAUGGAUUAUGCAAAAAUGGAAAACAUGACAUUGCAAGAGAUCUUUUCAAUCAACUUCCAUUAAAUGGUGCACAACCUGAUGUGCACAUAUAUAAUAUGAUCAUUGGUUCAUUUUGUCAAGAAGGGCCUUGGGAGGAGGUAAAACGUUUGCUGGUAGAGAUGGAGAAUCGUGGCUGUGGACCUGAUCAAGUUACAUACAAUGUCAUCAUCGGGAGUCUGCUAAAGCAAAAUGAGGUUGACAAAGCAAGAUCAUUCAUGGAAGAAAUGCGUGAAAAGGGAUUCUCAGCCGAUUCUUCAACUUCUUCGAUGCCAAGUGGAGAUGAUUAUGUCCUCAAUUCAAUGAAAGACCUUGAGCCCAAGGAAAUUGUUUCCUAGUCCAUAUUAAGUAGAGACAUCAUUGUUUCUAGUGCUGGCUGCUGGGCGAGGAUUGAUGCACCCUAAGAGUCAAAGGUUAUGUCUCAGACUUUCAAGCUGAGUUCGAUUCUUUCUGUAUAUGCUUGUGAUAUCCAAGUUCCCUAUUGCUGCAUGAUGCAAAAAAACUUUCAAAUGUUAUGAAAUUAUAUAUGUUUGCAGAAUUUGUUAUAUUUUGAUGAGCUCAACUUAACAGUU